AUGAAGAGCAUUUUAGUUUCAGCGUCGAUAUGUGGCUUUGUUCUUGUCUUUGCUUCUGUCUAUAUUUUGGUUUAUUACGUCAAAAGCUCACCUACAGAUUUUCCUACUGCAAGCGCUCACACUCAGCCAUCAUAUGAGCAAGAAUUCGAAGUCCCUAACGACGACACUCUUCUUCUGACGGUAGCUCCUUUCAAUAUGGAAGAAAUCGACAGUAGGAUCAUGGAAAUCCUUGGCACAAUUGAGUCGCAGCUUGAAGAAAAAGGAGCUCUAGAAAUCGAUGAAUCAUCUGGAGAUUCUUCACUUCAAUCGAGCUAUUCGUCAGAGUACGAAGCAGACUACCACGACGAAGAAUUCAGAGCCUCAAUGGAUCUUGUUCCUGUUCCAGUGGCAACGAUUAUUGAAGAUACUUACCCAGCAAUUCAUACAAACGACAAAGCCCUACAAUUCGACUACACAGAUCGAAGCGUGCGAAAUUCGCUGAUGCAAGCGGCUUUCUGGAACUUUUCCUUUAUCAUUCCGAUUGAUCUUGCCUUUGAAAAUCACGUGAAUCAGCGAUUCUUGGAUCCGAAGGAAUGUAAACUUUUGUGCGAGAGAAAGGAGGGAUGCAACGCGAUUUCAGUUCUGAGAGGCUUUUACUCGGCGCGAUGUGAUCUUUUCAACUUUCCAGAGAAUCAAGCAAUACAGACGAUUCCGAACAAAAUGGGAGUAUUCAUCGAUUUACGACGGGAGAGCCUUCAGCUCUACCAUUUUCAGCAUAACAUCGUUAUCCCCGGAUUGAGUUUUAAGAGACUCAAGACCGAAGACCCCUUUCAAUGCUUUGACAAAUGCAUGGAAGAUCGAAGAUGCAAGGCGUUUUUCUGGAGAGAGAUCGACAACAAAUGCAGCUUAAAAAAUCAUCUUCAUCUCAAUCGCCAUUAUCAUCCGAAUAUUCUUUCUUGCGAUGUCACUAGAAAUAUGGUCCGCGCGUCAAUACCAAGAUGGCCGGAUUCUGUCGACUUUUUCGUCACUUCUGGGAUCAUCCGAUUUGAGAAGAAAAAUAAUUGUCCUGUUAACGUCUCUCCAAUCAAUUAA